AUGGAAGAGCAGAACCUCACUGCCCCAGUGACAGAAUUUGUCCUCUUGGGGCUCACCCAGAAUCCUGAGUUGCAGCACUUCCUCUUUGUGGUUUUCCUCAUAGUUUAUGUGAACAUCUGGGUGGGACACUUCAUCAUCAUCACCACCGUGAUCACCAACCACAGGUUCCAUACCCACAUGUGCGUCCUGAACUUGGCUUUCCUGGAUGUCAGUGAAUCAUCAGGGAAUGCUCCAAAUAUGCAGGUCGACUUUCCCAGUGUAAAAGCAUCUUGUUCAGUCAUCAAACUGGCCUGCGCUGACACCUACAUGGUAGAACUGCAGAUGGUCUUCAAUGGUGGAGUGCUGUUCAUAAUAGUAUUAAUUGUUCUGCUUAUUUCCUACACCAUCAUCUUAGUGAAGAUCAGGACACACAUCACAGAAGGGAAAUGCAAGGCUCUGUCCAAAUGA